ACACCUGUGUUCAUAUUUUUCAUAAAAUAAUGGUGACAUUAUAUGGCAGAUUCAAUACAUUCGGGAUCAACAUUCCAAAACGUGAAAAUGGUGGAUCGAUUGGUGCAAUCAGAGGCCAACGGUCGGCGGAUAGCGUAUGUGGAGCAGUGCUUUGGGGCUUCAGGACAGCCCUUGAAUGUCCCAGGUCGGGCCUUAGUGGGGGAGGGAGUGUUAACCAAAAUGUGCAGAAAGAAACCCAAACCUCGACAGUUCUUCCUGUUUAAUGACAUUCUAGUAUACGGCAACAUUGUUAUAAACCGUAAAAAGUAUAAUCAACAACAUGUGAUAUCAUUAGAAGAUGUAAAAUUAGAAGAUGUUCAAGAUGAAGGAAGUCCUUUUUACACAAAAGAUGGCAAACCAGCUUUACGGAAUGGCUGGAAGUUAAUAAGCCCUAGCAAGUCUUUUGUUGUAUAUGCAGCUACUUCUACAGAAAAACAUCAAUGGAUGUCACAUAUCAAAAAAUGUGUGGACGAUCUCCUAAUUAAACAGGGCAAAACCCAGAACACAGAGAAUGAUUCGCCGGUGUGGGUGCCCGAUUCCGAGGCCACUCUAUGCAUGCAUUGUAAAAAGUCCCAGUUUACCCUGAUCAACCGACGGCAUCAUUGUAGGAAGUGUGGCAUUGUGGUGUGUAAGGACUGCUCCAGCAAUAAGUGGCUCCUACCCCAACAGGCCUCUAAGCCAUUACGUGUGUGUCUAACCUGUUAUCAAACUCUGUCUGACACGAAGCUAGCAGUACCAGCUCCUAAUACUCAUGCUAUAGACGAUUCUUCCGGUGACUCCUCGACUGAUGAUGAUGAAGAAUCAGCUAACCAGGAAGUUAAUGAGGAGAACAAACUUAUUCCAGAGGGACAGUUUAAAUCUUAUGACUAGGGACAGAGUAUUCAAAGCACACAGAAAAGAACAGACAUAAAAAGGUUGACCACAAAAGCUACAGGGAAUGAACGGAGAAUUGUUGUGGCUUUUACAGCAGCACGACACACAGGCCCGACACACAUGCUUCAUUGACAUUCAUAUUCACCUGUAGCCUUCAAAAUGUCUAUUAAUGCCAUUUUGUAUCUGUGAUGUAUUUUAACAUUUUGUGAUGGUAACUUUUGGAAGUAUAUUAUAUAAAUACUUUUGAAAUUCUGUAUUUCUAACACCAAUAUCUGGAAUACCAUGGAUGAAUAUGUCAAAGUUAUUUAGAAGUAUAAACCACUUAUUUUUUAUGGUUUUAGUCUUGGUAUCAUGAAUUUUCAAAUGUUUUGAAGUUUUUUUUUCCCAUCAAGUUCAAAAUAUCAAGGAUUGACUGCAUUAGGAAUAGUUUAAUUUCCAUACAUUGAGAUAAAUUCUUUCAUAUUUUUCUGGAAUGAAUGCCUUAUUCCUAACUCUGUGUACUUAAUUCCUAUGUAGGUCUAUGCAGGCAGCCAAAAAAACGAAAACUGUAGUAUUGUGUAAUAAAAUGUAAAGAAAUGUACCACCAUAUUGUAUCAUCAAUGCUGUUACUUUUUAUUCCAUGUGAUCUCACAGUAUGUGCAGGUUCCCCCUUUUUGAAAUGAAGAUUUUUAUAAAUUAUGAUUUUUUUUUUUAACAUGAUUUGAUUAAAUUACCGACUAAAAUUCUGUACUCAGUAUGGCAUGUAAACCUGAACAUGUAUUUGUAACCAGUUUAAAAUAAAAUGCACAUGUAAUGGCAUGGAGAAUGACUUUUGCGAACAGAGCAUACUGAAGUAUUAUUUUUGGUGUUUGUAUUUUUCUAUCUCAGGCUAAAGGUGUUGAUAUUAUUUUGCAGAGGUGGCUAAAAGUACAUGUAUCUAACAUUUUUCAGUGGUAUAUUGGUCAUAAUCUAUUUAUUUUAUAUUCUACUCUAUA